AUGAUUGAGCGUGAAAGACAACAUUUGGCAAGUAUAUAUGGCUUCCAUCCAUGGUCAUCCAUUUGUGACCCGAGUGUUCCGUGGUCUUGUCACGCUUUGCCUCAGCAUGAAGAUUUUUCACAUCAUGAGUACGAGAGACGGGGCAUGGAACCUGCCCCUGGGAUGUCACUCAUGGCACCGUCAGAGAGUAGCAACAGUCACCAGGAGCACAGCGAAGGUAAUUUAAAAGUGUGUUUGCACGAAUCAGGCUAUAUGAGACAAAAAUAUAAUUAAUAAGAUGUUGAUGUAUAUUCGCAACUAAACGAAGGUGUAAAACAACUCCUUCUUCUCUUCCCCCCCCCCCCAAAAAAAAAAAACAUAACUCACAUCUAGAUCUUCAAUUGCGUGAACUACCCAAUGGUUGCGUGUGCAUUCAAACCAGUUGCGUUGAGCUUGAGCCCGCGAUCAGAAAACGUCACCUCGUUCAAAUUUUUCCCGAAAAUUACGAAAAUAAAGUAAACCAACUGCCUAGAGAAUCCAUCAGAAUUUCCACACUAACUUUACUGUUUCAUGUGCUUUGACGAAUUUUCAGUGAGGCUGAAAGAGGAAAAUGACGAGGAGCAACGCGAGUCGCAGUACGCUACCAAAGAAAGAGAGGUCGUUAAAACAGAAAGAGAUAAACCAAUUCUUCACCGAACUGACAUUGAGAAUGAUCAUGAAGACGACCUGGAUGAGUUUGAAACUAACAUCCAAGAGACCAGCUUCCUUGAUGACAACACUUUUAGCAGCAAAAACAUCAACAACAACAACAACAACUACAACAACAAAGACAACGAAAACGACACCCCUGAAACAGACAGCAAAAAUUUCAAUAACAAUUCAGAAAAUACCUGCUACAACAGUGGAAGUGAAAGUGGCAAAGAUGAAAACGAUUCCCAAGCAAAUCAGAAAAGAAAAAUACGAAGAAACAGGACAACAUUUUCUCCCGAACAACUGGAGAUGCUUGAGAAGGAAUUUGAAAAGUCGCAUUACCCAGACGUAGCUACGAGAGAGGAGCUUGCAAAUAAGAUUGAAAUGUCGGAAGCCCGUGUACAGGUUAGACUGAAUCCUUUUAAAACAUAACUGUAACUGUCCUUUUUCUCUUUUAGUAAUUCUUCUCAUUGUCUGUCAUACAAUUUUUAUAAUGAUAAUUCGGAGGACUUGGUAUUGGAUCUACGAAUAAUCCCCUAGUCUGAAAUUUUUCUCUAUUCUCACCACUUGUCUGUUUAAAAUAGUAUUGAUAUUGUAAGGAUAAAUUCUGCUUUGCUCACCCAUGGGAGUUUUAGGGGAAAGUCUAACUGUCCAAAAUAUUUUUCAGAUUAUCUGACAGAUUGCAACAUGUACAAGAGAAUCACAUUGGAACGCUCUGCCAAUAUGCAGAACUUUCUAAUGAAGCUAUUCAUUUCGUUCUGCAUUUGACUUAAAUGCACAAGCAACUACUCAGUAACUCUGCCACUCACAAGAUAUUUUGUUUGUUGCUUUUCAGGUCUGGUUCUCCAAUCGUCGAGCUAAAUGGCGUCGUCAUCAGAAAAUUAAUAGCUUACCGCACAUACGUCAUUCACUGUUGGGUGGAUGUUACCCUAUGUGCACAGAAUGUGACAUGGCUGAUCAACAGUGUACCAUGAUACCUGGUCCUUACAGUCCGCCGAUGAACUCUCUGAGCCUUCUGUCACCGAACGCUGACCGAAUAAGUUCAUCGUCAACUUCCAUAUUAGGAGGUGAAAAUGCUGUGAGAUCUUGUUCACCCAAGGACUGCACUUGCUCGCGAGUUUGAGCUUGACUUUUUGUUAAAAAUAAAAUAGAAUGGUGGUCCUAUUUUGUAAAUAGCUUCCAGGGGUUUUUCAGGUUUCUAUGGUAAAAUUAGAGAAAAUGUGUGCGUUUGGUUUUGCGAUUUUAUGGACAGCCUGAUGAUGCAUUAGGUUUGCGAUAUCAGAUUAAUGUAAAUACCAGGACGAAAAAUAAAGCAUUUCAUUCCAAGUAUGAUUACGAAAUUCCAUUGAAAAUUUCGCUUAUGAGAUUUUCAAAGCGUGAUACUAAUUUAUCCUAGACUAGUGUUUGUGAUUCUUGUACAGAAAUAAAGGGAAUAAAAACUAUGAAAAUUUUCACACGUCUUUUGAAGUGUACGUUAUUAAUUUCCUUCGAGCAGCAGCGUUUCGCGGAGCCGCGAAUAGUGUCAAGAUCAUGGACGCCUUGCCAUAAAACUGUUCUUUGGCGCUUUAAUUUGUCUUAAGAUAUAUAAAAUUGUUUUAAAGGGUGUUUCAAUCGAAUUCGGCGAGGCCACCGUUUCCAUUCUGUGAGAUAUCAGCACACUGACUCAACAACAACAUACAGCCUGUCGUCGGAUCAUCUGCGGAUAAUGAUAUGGAUAUUGGUGCCUCUAACAACUGAAAACGCAAAUGGGCAAAUGAUAGGUAAAUUCUUGCUACCUCUUGCUUGAUUCCUCCAAUUUCGAGUUUCAUGCAAAAUCACCAAGAAAAUUAAAGAAGUGUAACAGGUUGAUCAGUGGCGCAAAAUUUACAAAAAAUUAUAGAGGGGACUGUUCAUGAUCUAUCGACUACCCCCUAGGUCGAAAUUUCCCUAAACCAACAUUCUCCUGCCUUCAAAGUCUACUGUUGUGGCCAAUCAUUUCGUAUGGACACCUUCACCAUAGCCUAUUUUGCCUGUUGUUGCCUUACCCUCCAUCUCUCACUUGAAGGUGAGGCCGAUGGUAACCUGGGAGCGAGUCCUUAACCAUCAUGGCGGGACAACAGAUGGAAGUCGUAGUUGGGACCUAUGAACAAGUUUUGGUCGGAUUUGACGUUGUCGAUGGAGAGGAAGAGCUUGAGGUAACUUUCACAUGCUUAGAAUUCCACAGAGAGAAGAUUUCUUAAAUAACAAUUGAAUUAUUUUUGUGUUCAUCGUCGAGCAGUAUAGACUAAAACCGAUCUUCGCGGAGAAAGAGCAUGCGGGUUGUAUCAAAUGUGCCGCUAACAAUGGCCAGUUUCUCGCGACUGGAAGCUCAGAUGAAACGAUAAGGUGAGUUAAUACCAUAAUUAAUUUUCAAAUGUUAAGAGGGAGAAAAGAUCAGAACAAGCGCUUGAAGUAGACUGCUGAUCAGAGGUAGGUUCCAAGACAUCUUUGUUCCUCAUACUCUUUUCCAUGGUGUAGCACCCAAGAGGAGAAACAGCUCUUCACCCUACAGGUCAACAAUGGAACAACAAUACCUGGUACACCAUACUUACCAAGAUAAUAUUAAGGAAAGAUGAACAACUUUGUUACCGUAUAGAAAAUCAAGUCUAAUAUAGAAAAUCAGCCUGUGAGGCCAAGGCCAUUUUUUUGAAAACUCACUACCUACACAAGCCUCUCAAGUUUAUAAAAGUUUUCAUACGUGGCAUAAUUUUCCUUCAAAUUGCACCAUGUGCUUGCAUUAUAUUGUUUAAAUUACGUCAUUGUAAUUACUAGACUUAAAAAUUAUGAGUAAAAUUAAAACAAAAUGGUAAACAAGUGUUCCACCUCUUUUUACACUGACUUAGAUUAUACAGUCUUAAGGAUCACAAAGAGCUUGGUGCCUUAAUGCAGCAUGAGGGUAUGUAGAAAUGGUUGAAAGCAUUUUAAAGGUUUUAAAAAAUUGCUAGCUCCUAGUUAAAUCAUGAUCUUCAAGGUUUUUGUAUGGUCUCGUAGCAAAAGUGGACUGUCCCCUAUUGAAAAUUUUGUUGUAAUACAGUUCAAUUCCUUCAAUCAACUUUAGCUACUGAAUGGAAUUCAUUUCAUGAUCAGGGUUGUAAAAAUAAGGUGGCAAUGGGCACAUUUCACUAUCUACUCUGAGAGAUGCUUCAGUUACUCCUGGGGAGUGGCAUUGAACCCUUAAUGCCAUGUAUUCUAUAUCACAGUCUGGUCACUCAAAACCUUUCUGACAAUCCUGUGUAAUGUAUAAAAGUAAACAUGCCUUCUUUCUGUAAAGUCACUUGAUGUUAGUGUGUAGAAUUAUAAUGCCAAAGCAAACUUUAGAAAGCCUUUUAUAUGUAAUGUUUUAAAGGGAAUGCUGUUUAAUACAUGUCAUUAAUACAUUUCUACAACUUGCUAGGAUAUUCCUUUGAUUCUUAAGGCAAAAAAGAGGCAAAAUCUUGCAUUUGCUUGCUAAUUCAUUAACAGUUGCCAUAUUGCAAAUUCUUCCCCUCCAGACAAUCCUAAUCCCACUGUCAAUGGCCUCAGCUGUUGCAUUUUCCCCCACCACCUUGGUCAUUUUCAUAUUUUCACUAAGUCAUAAGUAUUGGUUAGUUUCAUGUACUUGUUUUGUUAUCCUCCAAUGGAACAAAGCUCAUAAAGAAAGAAUGAUACAUGCACAUAACUAUUUGGUUUGUUUAUUCUUAGUACUCCUUUUGUUUAUCAUAGGCACAAUAACAUGUUUGACAUUUCAUAACAGUACUCAUAUGCUAAGUGCUAGUGAGGACAAUACAAUUUGUGUUUGGGAAUGUCGUACAUGGGAAUGCCUUAAAACAUUAAAAGGUCACAGGUAAAUGUUUCUCAAAGUUGUUUCCACCUACAUUUAGUCUCUACUGUACUUGGUGUAAGGCCAAGAUAAUUCUAAAUUGUGUAAAUGAUUAUUGAUAAGUGUUAAAUUGUGUAAUAAAUGUUAAAAAAGUUCUUAAGUCAAAGGAAACAGUUCAUUUCUAACCUUUUCUGAAGACCUGAAUAAAUAUAUGAUGAAUUGAAGUCCAGGCCUUCACAUUGUGUAGACCAAUGCUUUAGCACUGAGUUAUGAACUAAUAUGAACUCGAUGUAGCAACCAAUGUCAGCUAUUUUCAGUGACUGAGCUCCAAAAUUUUUCAAUCUUUCUUGUUCUGUUUCUUGUCCAAACCUUUACUAAUGAGCAGUCAAAGUCUUAAACUUCAAAUUUACAGUACAAGGAUUUUUACAGAAACUUUGACCUAGUGAAGGAGAAGUGAAAAUUGAUCCUCCAUAUAUUUUAUUACCUUCAAAAUUUAAAACAAAAGGGCAUAAUUCACCUUCAUUAAUCAUGAUAGCUCUGUAACUAAUCAUGGUACAAUUGUCUGUAAAGCAAUGAUUUAAUGGAAAAAAUUUAUACUUUUCCCAGGGGCCAUGUAAAUUCAGUUUCUGUACAUCCCUCUGGAAGACUGGCUCUCUCUGUUUCUAAAGACAAAACAUUAAGGUAUUGUAUUAAAGUAAAACAGAUAUUAUCACUUUAUUUGACUUAUAAAUUGCAUCAAGACAACUUUCUAAGUAUACUUGUAACUCUCAAGUAAGUCAUUACUAGGCCUUGGUAAAGUUCUGGUAUCUCCAAACAAUCUUUCCUUCCAUCUCUUUAUUUCAACUAAUGCUUUUCCAAUAAAGAGUCAAGGAACCUUUACUAUGAAGAUAAACAAAAUUGAUAUGAUAUUCCUUGGAUGCCACUGAUUUCAUUUAAAUCUGAAUUUCAAUUGGAAAACAACCUUAUAGCCAAUGUUUUGAUAAGACUGCUCAGUUCAUUUAAACUGAAAUAUUGCAUACUACAUUCUGCUAAUAAUUAAACCACCCUGCACAGUUUUUGCCACAUUAUGCAAAGAGCUUCAAUUUCUUUUGAGGCAUUUCACCUUUACUAAAGGUACUUUUUAUUAAGCAAAUAAUGUUUUUUUCAAACAGAACAUGGAAUCUUGUGACUGGAAAAUCAGCCUAUGUCACCAAUAUCAAAGAAGGUAUGCUAUUACAUAUUAUUAAUCUUUUGUUAGAGCCCUGCUUUCCCUUACCCUGUCAGUUAUUUUGGGUGUACAAACUUUCAUUUAUUUAUUUGUUUGUUCCCUGGGACACCAGCUGCCUUACAGGUUAAGUGGUCCCCUGCAGGAGACAGCUAUGCUGUUGCUAUUGGAACAAAAGUAGUUGUUUACAAACUUGCAGUAAGUUUACUCAGACUCUAAGUAUACUUUAUAGUUCAUUCAAAAGGCAGCAAGCAUGCACAUACAUUCAGACAUGGAAUGAAGCUUUUGAAUUUUGAAAUGUGGCAAAGGCGGCAGUGAUCAAUCCACUAGACUUGUUUAAUGUUGAAUUGCCUCAAUUUUAUUCUAUUAUUUGGCCUAGCUUCCCAAUAACUUCCCCAAAAUUCAAUUGGUAUAAUAUCUUACCACAAAAUUAGAAACUAGCUCCAGUUUAAAUAUCUUUGUUUUUUUUUUCUAUGUUCCAUUCUCAUUAAAAAAAAUUUUAACAUCAUUCUUUAUUUUUAUCAUAUUUAGACAGCUGCCUUAUCUUUUACAAUGGAGUUCUCCAGAUAUGUGUUGGCUUUGGAGUUUCUCUCGGUAAGAGAACAAUACUUUGUAGUGUUUGAUAUGCCAGUUAGAUUAUUUGAUCUUAAAGAACUACACUGUACUGUGCAGUAGAAAAACAUUUCUGUUAUUUUUAACCAUCUUAGGAAAAUAUCCUGGCUGCAGGUGGAGAAUUUGAAGGAAUAAGAAUAUUGGAUAUUGAAAAGGAAGAGUGUCUUCAGACAGUGAAAGGACAUGAAAGCAGGUGAAGAACUUAAAUUACCCAUAGAAAGUACAUGUAAGAAAUGCAGGCAGAUAGACCAAGACAAUAUUGUCUUACAGGUUGUCUGUUUUCCGGCUUUUGAGCCUUGAGUUUCAUAAUCCUUUUACCCCAAAGACAUGAGAGCUAAUCUUAAUUGUCAAUUAACAUUCACUUCUACAUGUAUGUGCUGAAAUGGAAAGAAUUUGAUAUUUCAUCAAUGCAGUGUCUAUUUCCUAAAUUUUGUUUAUCAUUCUGUUUACUGGUCUUGUAAAUUGUAAGGAGAUUAUGGCGUAGAUCUCUUGUGGUAACAUGAAAUUCGUUGUUUAUAUAAACAUAAAAUUUUGUUUAUAUUGCCUUCUUCAAAGAAUACCCCUUUUGACUUGCUGCAUACAUUACAUUCCUUUCAUGAACCCAGAUACCCACUUAAAUAUGUGAUUCUUUAUUUAACGCGAGUUUAAGUCCUAAUCCACUGUCCAGUUGACAAGAAUUUAAAUUGGUUGUGAGCUUGAUAUAGUGCCAAAUUCCCCUUAAAUUGUGUCUUAGAAAAGAUAUGCACCCUUGAUGGGAGAAUUGCUAAUCGCAUCUUGCUCAUCGAAGGUUUAAAUCGAGUUACUGCAGCGCCAGUGGUAGCGGUAUGUAUGUAGUAACUUUAAAUUGGCAUGUCUUUCUAGGAUAAAAGAUCUCUGCAUGACAGACGAUUUGCUGAAAGAGGAAACUGGGCGUUUGGUUUUGUUUUCGACGUCAUCCGAUGGAGAUUUAAGAGGCUGGGCUUUCAACCCUGAAAACGUAAGAAUUUACCUUCUUUCGAGUGAGUCUUGAAAUCUCUAUCUCCAACUGACUUGUUUUUCUAUCCAUAUGUGAAGUUUGAAGAAGAUGCUAAGCUUGUAGCGAGGUAUCAAGUACCUGGACGACCAACAUGUCUAACGGUCGUGGGCAGGCGAUCGGUACCUGCUGCGGCAAAAUCUGAGCUGGAGACAAAAGCUGUGGAGUCCGAGCAACCUACAAAAGUGAAGAAGAAAAAGGAAAAAGGAAAGAAUGAAAGAAGAACCACAAGUGUUUCAGGUAUUUCGGUUCCAUGGCAAAUCAUAUGCAAGCAUUGAGGUUUUUAAAAUAACUCAUCGCUGCUUCAUGGUGUUUUUUUUUUUUUAUGAUUGACUAAGACGAUAACUGAGAAUAAAAACAUGUUUUUGAAUAAAGCAUUUAGGAUUUUCUUAGGGAACCUUACAAGAUUUCUAAGACAGGCCUUGCCUAGAUUAGCACCAGCUAUCUGCGGGCCAGACUAGCUGUAGCUUCUAUUUUGAGAAUGAAAAAUAGAGAACGUUGUUAUUGUUCUUGUUAUUUUAGAAAUUUACAGCUACCAGUUUCGUUUCUCUUUAGCUGACGAGCCCAAAAAGAAAAAGAACAGAACAAAGAAGAGGAGAAGGUCCGCUAAGAAACGAGGCGAUUCCGGUCUUAAAACGACAGAGGGAUUUAGCAGCACCAAUGAAAAAACUAAAGAUGAAACUGAAAUGGUGGAAGGAACUGAAAACGGACAAAGCGAUGGUAGUAAUUCUAGUGGGGAAGACGAAUGAAGUUAAAGAAAAGCGUGGGAUUUACUUUAUAUUGAUACACUCAGUAAAAUGAUUCAGUAAAAGGUCGUGGUCAAACACUUCUACGAGCGAGGAAACAUGCGCGCUAUGGGUUCGCCCUAUGUGCAUCUCACUGCACUGCUGUCCUGGCUCAGUUGUCUGUGUUCCUGUUAUCGAGGAUUAGUCUGUCUUGAGCUGAAAAGACCUUGAUGCUCAGCUAAUCGAAAAAGUACGAUUAAGUUUGGUUAAAAUCUACUCCGUGUGCUCUCUAACAAUGAGGUGUAAAGAUCACUCUAAAAGGUGGAAAAUCUGAAAUCCCAUAUGGUUAAUUCAAACCUUAUAUGUGAAAAGGCAGGCAGCCGCCAAGAAGAGUGGCAAGAAGAGUUGCGCUUAAAUUAAUGGCUUGGCCAGAUACGAUCAGUAUUUUCCGUCCAUCACUCAAAGAAAUGCCUCGGUUGUAGAUCUACACCAAGCAGUGAAUUAUUAAAAUGGAGAUCUGCUCCAUGACAAUUUUAGCUUCGUGAUAAAUACGAAUGAACUAGCGUGCGUAGCGAAGGAGAUUAUUCGCAUGAUGGCAUAAUCGGUAAGGGGGUUUGUUAACCGCGGAAAGAAGGAGAAGAAGCGAUUGACAUCUCUAGACACUUCGUGGUUCUUACGAGAAAUAGUUUACCGUUUUUUAUUGUAUAAAGACUAUGAAUAAAC